AUGCAAGGGCCAGUCAGAGAAAAGAGCAUCCCAUGGUGCUGUUUCAGAGAUAUACCGACCAAACGCCACACCAUUCAACCGUUUUUUUUUCUCAUCUCUCUCUCUCUCUCUCUCUCUCUCUCUCUCUCGAAUCGGAUCAAAGCCAGAGGGGCGGCCCGGGCGGCAACGGGAGAGAGUCAGUCACUGGCGCGUCUGUGGCUGGUGCCAAAGAGCUGUGCGGUGAUUGAUUUAGUUACCGAGGCGGCGCGGCCAGUGCCGACGGUGCCGUCCUUGCCGGCGAUGAUGGCGGAGCAGCCGGGGGCGCCAGCUGCGGAAACUUCGUCCGGGCUGGCACAUUUGCAAAGUGCGGUGCAAGAAGUGCAUGAGGCAGCUACGACGGCCCAGGUCUGGACGCGCACCAUGCGAGAUACAAAGCUGUCCGAGGGAGUCCACCAGGCUUUGACGACGCACAGCAAACUGUUCCAGCAACUACAGGAUACCGGUCGCAACGUGAGCAAGUUUCGCAUGACGCCAGAGGGCAACAAUUGGUGGAUCAAGGUCAAGACCUUUCUCGAGCGCUGGGCCGGUGGCGCUGUCUCAGCCUCGGUCAUGGGGCGGCUGCUCCAGACGGAUCCCUUUCUCAAGAAAACCUUUGCCGUGAGCUACGAGGCGAGUCGUCGCGCCCUGUUGUUGGCGGACAAGGGCUACGAGCCCUGUCCCGCGGAUUGGGAAACCGCUGGUCUUGAUAACUUUGUGUUUUUUGAGCUUCGGAGCCUCAAGGCCUCGGACGCACGGGAUCCGGAAAAGUAUCGUGCAGCCAUCCGCAAGCUUCUGGAGGUGGCGCUGCGCAGCGGCAUCAUCUGCUGCAUCUCUCUGACGGGCGCCCCCAUUAUUGGUUGGCGCGGCAACGAGGCCCACCUGCGCUACCACAUCAACGCUUGGCCGUUCAUCAUGGCCGUGGCCGAGAGCGAGGUGCAGCUGCGUCCCACCGACUAUGCUGGCCUGGUCAUUCCCAACAACAACCCCAAACCCAGCCUGGGUCGACCCAAGAACGCCGACAAGCGCGCCAGCACUGCCUCGGUCACCACUGAUGCCGAGACCACCGACGGCUCGACCCCUGCCACCGUCGAUACCAGUGCAGCCCCCGUGGCCGUCACCACAGCCCCGGGCGUGGUUGCUGACGAUGCCAGCGGCAACAUGGUGACAAGUGCCGAGGCCGAGUCAAGUAGCAACGGGGUCACCAUCAUCCCUGUGGGCCAGGUUGAAUCGUCCGGUGAACCCGCUGCCAAAUCAGCGCGUCGCGUCAAACCCGACAAUUAG